AUGGUGGUAGGUUGAUGGCACAAUAAAAAGUUUUAAAAAAAUAUUUAAAAAAUGAAAAUAUAGAAUACUGUAGUUUCUACUGCAAAAUUGAGGUGAAAGUAGAAAAUGAAACUAAUUUCUUGCUAGUUUUUAACUAAAAACAGUACUGAAAUAGUACAGCUUUAGCCAUUUAUAGUAGCGGAGCACUCUUUUUAUAAAAAUUACAGUAAAAAAUAGAUCUUGAAGUUACUGUAUGAGAGGACAAAGUAACAUUUUUGAAAUUUAGCUACUGUAAGAUUCAAAACUACUAAUACUAAGUCUACUACUAACAAUAUAAUCCAGUAUUAGCAAUACUAAUCGUUUGUUUUAGGCUCACAAACUACUCGACGGUUCACACCAGCUCCGCAUCGACGGGCAUCACGUCGGAGCCGCCGGUCACGGCGGAGGUGAGUUUAAUUAUAAUUUUUUUCAACACAAAUAGGACAGUACUAAGUCUUGCUACUAUUAGUGCAAUCUCGAUCAAACAUAAUACUCGUAUUUUACAUUUUCUAAAAAUAAAAUUUGGUCCCACCACGAUUGUUUGAUUUUUAAAAAUUAGUCAAAAUUCGCUUCGAAAUCGCUUUAAGAUAGUAAAAUACGGCCGGCGGUACAUUUAUUUUGUUAUAAAAAAGUUGCAAUACUAAAAAAUCUAGUAACAUGUUGUUGUAGUAGACAUGUCUAGUCAUUUUCGACAAGAUUUGGUAUAAAUAAUUCAGUAACACGCAAUUUUAUGCCAAAACAAUGCCUUUAACUACCUGCACAUUAUCCGCGAAUUAUUCCGAAUCUAAAUCUACGUCAACUAUAUUCGCACUAAUUAGUAUUAUGACUAAAAGUGGCAACUUAAACUUAUAUUGUUUUACGCUUUAUUAGGUCAAAAAGCGGUUUAUUUUAGACUGUUUGGUUCUAAGUUACAUUGUUUUAGGCAUUCUAUGCUUCAACCUGAAUUUUUCGAGCUAAAAAGUAUUAUUUUAUACCAAAAAGGCUAAAAAACUACAAUGACCUUAAUUUUGGUACCUACUACAAUAUAAUUCUAUGAUUUUGCUAAUUUUAAUUCCCUAAAAACCAAAAAGUUAUUUUUAAAAUAAAGUCCUUAGUAUUAUAUGAUAUUUUUUAACCCAACAUACCAAUCCGGCGACGUUUUAGGCCACGGCCACAAGAAGGAAUUUGGUCCGGCCAUGAUUCUGUACUACCUCGCAUCGGCGUUUCGCGCCCUAUACCCUCGGUUAGAUGACGAUUUUGUGGACAAACUUAACUAUUACUACACAACAACGAUAUGUAAGUUUAUAUUGAGCGUUUUUCUUGUUAGUACUAGUACCACUUUUACGAAUAGUACUGAAUAUCUGACCUUUAGUUCUUUUGUAUUGAAAAUUUGUCUUUAGUACUUAUUUAUAAAAAAACAGGCUUGUUGGUACUAUGUUUAGUAUUUUUAGACAAGUAGUACUAAAAGUUUGCAAAAUGACUUCGGUGGUAUCACUUCGUACCAAAAAGUCAAAACAGUACCAGUUGCACAAAAUUUAUUUUUUAUAGUAACAUUUAGAUUAUUGCGGCCCUAAUAGUCGUUCUUGGCUAAAAUUAUUUAUGCUAGUACUAUUUUUGUAUAAAAACGUACUAUUUUUACAAAACAGUACUAUUUUUUCAUAAAUCAAUUCGGUUCAAAAAGAGCACCAUUUUCCUUUAAUAAAUACUAAUUUUUCAAAAACCAGUCUAAAUAGCACCAUUUCAUCCGCCUCUUAUUUCAGUAGCAUCAUUUGCCUUAUUAGUAUCAGCCAAACAGUACGUGGGGUUCCCGAUUCAAUGCUGGGUGCCCGCCACCUUCACCGAUGCUAUGGAACAGUACACAGAGAACUAUUGUUGGGUACAGAACACGUACUGGGUACCAAUGAUGGAAGAAAUACCACAAGAAGUGUACAAUAGGAGGAAUCGACAGAUUGGGUACUAUCAAUGGGUACCAUUCAUACUGGCGAUUCAAGCCUUAUUCUUCUACAUUCCAUGCAUUCUGUGGAGGGGGUUACUGUAUUGGCAUUCAGGUAAGAGUUUUUUAAAAAAUUGCUUGUUAGGGUGGUAUGAAUGUUAAGUACAAAAUAGCUUAUCAAAUUUAAGUACUAUAUUGCUUUAAAAUGUACAAUACGGCCCCGACAUCUAACCGAUGUAACUUUUUAUUUAUAAUAUUGAUAACAAAAAGAAUUUGAAAAAAAAUAUUUUUAGGUAUAAACCUACAAGGCUUAGUCCAAAUGGCUUGCGAUGCCCGUCUCAUGGACCAAGAUGUAAAAUCCAGAACAGUUUUUACCAUGGCUAGACAUAUGCAAGAUGAAGUUCAGGUAAGCUAGCUUUAUUCAUAUUAUCUUGACGCGUCUUCUUAUCAGUAAACUAUUUUUAAAACUUUUCUAAAUAUUGGUAUAUACGAUGCAGAUAUAAUGGCUAAGAGGGAUAAACGGGCCACUUAGACCAAUCCCGACCUAGGAUCGAUUCAGGCUGGCCUUUAGUUAGAGUUGAAACGAAAUAGGCUUGAAAGUUGGCCCGAGCCUACUUUUCAAGCCCGGCUCGGAGAUUUGAAAAUAAAACUUUAAACUGGCCACCUCUAGAACUUUUUCACCGGUCCAGGCCGGCUUGAGAAAGAAUAAAAAUGGAUCGGGUCUAACCGUUAGACCCUGCCUGGGCCAGAGCCGGGCCCGUUCCACAUCCCUAAUAAUCACAAUAACAAUACAAUAUAAAGACGUAGCUCAAUCUUUAGUAUUCAACCUAAUAUAUCUCUAUUUUUAAGCUAACCCAAGUGGAACGAAACAGUAACAAUCGCCUGACAUUCCUCAAGAUUGGGCGACAUUGUGGUUGGUAUGUCACUGCGCUCUAUAUUGGAAUCAAAGUAAGUUCUAGUUCCUAAACAUUUUACACCAUAUUGCUAUUAUAAUUCUACUAAAAGUAAAAAAAUAAAAUUAUAGAUAACUAGUAAGUUGUUCAAAUAAUUCUGUGCCCCUUUAAAAGCAAAUUUAUUAUGUUAUAAGGCACAGAAUUAUUUGAACAAUUUAAUAUACCUUUUAAAUUUUCCUUAACUUAUUUAAAUUUUAAAUGGAUGACUGAACGACGGUCGUAUUUUACUCAUAAGUUGCAACAAUAAUACCUGUUGUACAAGUAUCACACUGUCAAAAAAAAUUAAAUUUAAAAAAUUUCCAGAUACUAUACUCACUGAACGUGCUGUUGCAAUUUUUUCUGCUCAAUCAUUUACUCGGCUCAAACGAUUUGGCAUAUGGCUUCUCGUUGCUCACGGAUCUGGUGGGAGGGAAGGAUUGGGAGGAGACGGGAAUGUUCCCUCGGGUCACGUUAUGCGACUUUGAGGUAAUUUUUUAACCAGAUCUAUCAACGUAAACUAAAACGACAUUUUUUAUCAUUGUAUCAUAAUAAAUGUCAUCCUUUAUCAAUGUCACACUAAGAAUGACAUUUCCAGGUACGAGUCCUCGGCAACAUCCACCGCCACACAGUCCAAUGCGUGUUGAUGAUCAACAUGUUCAAUGAGAAGAUCUUCCUCUUCCUAUGGUUCUGGUUCCUACUCAUCGGUGCCAUUACCGUAUUCAACUCCUUCUACUGGGUGGGGAUCAUGUUUUUGCCGAACCAAGGCGAAGCAUUCAUCCGCAAAUACCUCAGAGUACUCAGUGAACAUCCGGGCAAGCCGAUCACGGAUGACUCGUCACUGUCCAAGUUCACGAAUAAUGUGCUACGAAAGGAUGGGGUGUUCAUGUUGAGGAUGAUAUCGACGCAUGCUGGAGAGCUGAUGAGUAGUGAGCUGAUAUUGGCGUUGUGGCAGGACUAUAACAACAUGGAUCGAUCGCCGAACCAGUUCUGGGAUGCUGAGCAUGGGGAGGCGUAG